UCCUUCUUGAAAGUGUUGGAUUGUGCUGCGGUUCUGACACUACUGUGCUUGGCUGAUCAACAUACGGAGCCGUCCUGUGUGUUGUAGAAGCAGCAAGGUCGCUGUUGUCGAGACGGCGUUAGUGUUUUGUUUGGGAUUAACAUCGAGAGUACACGGUACGUUCGAUUGCUUGGAAUCAGUCGUCCGCGGAGUGGAAAACUGUGUGUGUCGAGCUACGUGGAACCUGGGAGCUGAUGUGAAUGACUGUCACAAGGCUUUGACAUCUCAUCCAACAAGGACAUGGAACAUGACUCAUGGUGACAGGUGCCACUGUAAGCGUUCUUCAGAACUCUACACCCAGCUGUGUGUAUCAUCAUCGUAAAAACAUAAGAAUUUUAUCUUCUCGCGUGUGGUACUUUAGGUUGGCAACGUGUGUUACGACGGGUUAAAUUUGGCAGUGCUGUUAAGCGAGUUGGAAAGAGAAUAUUAGGAACUUGACCUCGCAAGCGAGAGAAGGAGACAAGUACCACGAAUAGAUCUUGUCGGUACUGCUAGCAGUUCUGAGUGUCUUGUCUGUUGUUGGCAACUGACUGACGAAAAGAUUUCCUUUGCUUGGCCUUGGUAGUCGAAUGAUAAUAAAAAGUCUUGAAACAAAACAUCCGAGUCUGAAUCCGAAAUAAUGUCAGGAAAGAAAGAAAGAGAAUGGAUGCUUGUAACUCUAUAUAAGAGAACAUAGGAGGAUGUUUUAGUAUGUGAGUGACUUUGUUCGUAGUAUGAAGUGUCUCUUCUUUUAUGGCGUCGUGAAAUGAAGCUUUUAACGAAGAGAUAAAAUGAAGUAUUGUGAUUAAUGUACUGUUUUGUGUGUUUUAAAACAGUAACUGAUCAACAGUGUACUAACUGAAAAUACAAAGUCAUUUAUAUUACAAGAUGUUACUAAGCAGUUCGUCGCCUUGAUACAACGUCGAAUGUUGUUUAUCGAUACGAACUCUACAGAAUGAACCAUGAUAUCGAUGUGUUGUAUUAAUGACAAGAUCUAUAUUAAUAAUUACGUGUUACGACGGUCUGAUCUUUUAUUAAAUUAACAAUUCUUUGUGCGUGUAACGGACCGGUGUCUGGUUAAAAGAAAUUGUCGUUUUUUUAAUAUAAAAAAUUGCGCAGUAUCUUUUGAACUUUAUAGACAGAAUGAAAAUGGUUAUUAACUUUUUUAUGAUAUUUUUGUUGGCGUCCGACAAUUCUGUAUCGGCCUGGAUCACGUGGUAUACCACGACACGUGAAUAUUCCAACACGACACCUGGGGCAGGUGACAGCAAUGAAAUAAGUCAUCAGACUGACAGUACGACAAGUAUUCCAGCGGAACUGGACAUCCUGAGGCUGUUGAACGUGACAGGGUCGACCCCUGGUGUGAGUGAAGUACUGGGUCCCUUGUCACGUGUCCCUGCCUACAAGUUCCGGCCAGGAUACAAUAACGUGCUUGUACCAGGCCCUGGGGCUAUUGCAGCGACCCUGACGGCCCCUGAGGGAUUCACACUUCUCUUUGUGUAUAGGCAACACCGCAAGACUCUCGGAACACUACUGUCAAUACACUCGCCAGGCCGGGUGACACCUUGGUUCCAAGCUACAUCUAACCUCCGUACGGGUCACUUGGUUUUACACUACAGGGUCACGUCGGAUUCGAAGCUGCAUCAGAAUUCGUGGGCCUUGCAACAGCAGCACGUCCCUUCGCAGCCGCUGGCCCGAGGCGUUAGCGUGCCUGCAGCCGAGACCAAGAAAGGAAAUGGAUGGACACAUCUUGCUGUCGUGUAUAAUGCCACUUCCAGCACUUUGACUCUUUAUAUGGAUUGUCAGAAACCAAAAUCGCAACCAGUCGCGGGAAAUACAGGGGCACGGACCCCAGGUUUCCACAUACCACACGAUUCACUUGUUUAUUUCAGACAAGAACCAGGAUUCAAAAAGAAAUUCCUGGGAUCCAUGCAGAUGGCAAAGAUCAAGUCGUAUCCAGUCUCCAGAAAGGACUUUGGUUGGUCCUGCAACCCAGUUCCUUAGCAGCAGAAACAUUUAUUCCAGAAGGCGUAGGGCAGCUUCAGCCCUAAUCAUCAUUUCGAACGUGUUUCAUGAUUUUAUGCAGUGAACUCUUUUUCUUUUGGAUCUGUUUUAUUUCUAGCCAGUAGAUCUGAUUAGGUAAUUGCCUGUUCUAAAUCAAUAUAUUAAUUUAAUAAACUGAACUGGGAUCGUGUAAAAAUCAUACAGUACAAACAGAAGGUUCCAGAACUUUGAAUGGCACGUACUGACGUAAUGAAUUGUCAGUUCACUCAGAUUUUCAGUUAAAUUCAUCUUUAUUAUCAGGAUAUUAGUUUAAAUAAAAAAAUAUUACAAUAUAA